AUGGGGCGCCUCAUGAGGGGUCUGAAGCGCAAGGCUUCCGACGCCGGCGACGAAGUGCCAGCAAAGCGCGUGCAGCGCAACUCCCCAACCGACGACCUCGACUCCGAGUUCGAGGUUGACGAUUAUCAACCGUCAGAUGCCUCCGACGUCGAGUCACCUAAUACUCCGCCUGCCGAAGAGGACAUCUUAUCCGAGCCGACUGAGCAGGAGAUAGCGACACGAGCACGAGCGAAUGAGAAGAGACACGAAGCGACACUCAAGCGUUUCGUCGAUCCAACAGCGCUUAAGAUCCUGAAGACAAUAUCGACAAUCAGCAGGAUGAAGUACAAGAGACAACUCCAGCAAAGCCUUGAGACAGUUGACCGAGAGGCGCGCAAGCAGGAUCGUAGGAAGUUGAAGACCAAGUUCCGGGCUGCGGUCAAGAAAGGCUUCAAGGUCUCGAUUCAGCCUGGACAAGUUUACACCUUCCCUUUGCCACAGGUAGAUCACGCACCCAAGGAGCCUCGUGACCCAGAGCAACCAGAGAGGCUAGCUAAGCGCCGCCCUGAGGUUCUCUACAACCGUGAUCCUCAACGCGCGGAAGCUAUCAAAGAUGCCCUCUAUCCACGUCGCAAUGGCAGCGUCAUGGCAGCUAUUCCUAGGGCAUUCGCAGCCAUUGCACGCGAUCCCUGGAUGCCAGAUCACCUCGACCUCGAAGACGUGAAGAAGCCGUACGACCGGCUCUUAUACACUCGAUCCUUGAGGUGUGGCCAGUCCUACCAUAGGUUGCCCGAGGAGUUCACGUUCGACGGCGUGCCGAAGACCAAGCCAAGCUCGUCGAAGUACUUCUCUCUCAACGAGGAUACGCACCUUGCAACGGGAAAGAAGAGGAAACAACGUGCGGAUGAAGACCUUGAUACCGUUGAGGGCGCUCGUCGUGACCGACCUAUCCGGUCCCUCGCCGCAGCUCACUCUUCACCAGUCUCUGCUAGCAGCGAGCCUAUCGCUACUCGCUCAUUGCCCAGUGCCAUGUCUGAUACAGCUGAAGACCAGGUGUCAGCACCCCAGUCUCCAGUCACUACCUCGUUGGCUCCAAUUCCAGCUCCAGUUCAAUCCCCUGCAACAACUCCUGUUGCACCAACUGGUGCUACUCAACCGACUGAGACUGAGGCCACGCAUCCAGGACCACGCAGCCGCCGCAGGCAGAGGGAGUCUGAUGAGGACAUUCCCCAAUCUUCAAACCCAAAGAAGAUUGCUAAGCUCACAAAGCUCUUUGCACGCACCGAGGCUGUGAAGCACAGGAACCCCUCCACGACUGUUUCUGCUAGCAUGGGACCUCCUGCUGUUAGGCCAGACGACUCCACCCGGUUCAAACCCUCCCAACCCAUCAAGCGGCCUCGGCCGGAAGAAGAAACCGACGCACAACCAGCCAAGCGCGUUAGGACUUCUCCUGUCCGGCAGCCAGAGGAGGACGUCGAGACUCCCUAUACCUGGGAGCCACAGAAUCGCGUAAAGACGUUCAGCGCCACGCAGCACGAGAAGCGCGUUAAGGCUGCAUUGGCCGAACAGCGUGGGAAGGAAAAUAUCCCCGUUGCUCAGCAAGAGAAGCAGACCAAGACUGGAUCGGUCAUUAAGCCAGUCAAGCAGAAGACUGCUCAGCGUCUCGAAAAGGCCUCUCAGCAACCGAGCAAAAAGCGCGCUCAACCAGAAGAAGACACCUCCACUCGAUCUUCGAAGCGCAAUAAACCUGCCACCGCCUCGUCUGGGCCCCCGGAGAACCGCUAUGGACUCUCCGAGAACAAGUUCUCUAAGAGCCGCGCUCCCAAGUGA